AUGGAAAAUCAGUGGUACACAAUCGGGCCUGGAAUUUGGGUGUUGGUCCUUAGCGGAGAUGCAAAGACGGAUCACAAGUCUUGCCUCCAGUGGUACAAGCCAAAUGCCAAAUCCGUCACAGACGACAUCAUCACUCACACCUACAUCGAGGACGUGUGCUUCGUCAAGGGCGGCUUGUCAGAUGUCACCCUUGGCCAAGGCUGGGGCCCUGGGGCCUGUGCCUACAGACAGCCUGGUAUGAAGCAUGGCACAUACAAGGCAUUUGCAAUCUAUCUUAUGCCAAGUUGUGCUACCGAUGAAGUUACACAAGAAAACCAUGUCGAAUACCAGUUCGGUCGGGCAGCCGCAAGCCUUGAUGAUGGUCUGCAGCAAAUAGCAACGGGAACCAGGAGCCAAUUCUUUGAGGAUUGCGACUCCGGAGUCUACGACAACGUCGUUACUAUUGGACGGACCGUAGACUCAGUACAGUUUACGGGUCUUUUUGACGCCGAGUUGAUUGCCAAAUUACCCAGUUCUGUCAAGUUUAUAUGUCACAACGGCGCUGGCUAUGACCAAAUUGACGUGGAAGCGUGCAUAGAGAAAGGUAUCUUGGUUUCCAAUACGCCUUCCGUUGUCAAUGACGCCACCGCAGAUACCACGAUUCUCCUCCUUCUCGCCGCUCUUCGUCGCGCCUGGAUCCCUCAAUAUGCUCUUCGAAACGGCUUAUGGAGUAGUAGUAGCCCACUGGGUCGCGAUCCCGAGGGGUUGGUUCUGGGGAUCCUCGGCCUGGGUGGUAUUGGGUCCGCCGUGGCCAAGCGAGCUGCCUCAUUUGAUCUCAGACUUCAGUACCAUAACCAAUCGCCAGUUUCAGCUUCGGUCAUGAGUCGUCUUAGUCUUGAUGCUGCUGAUGAGCCCAAAUACGUCAGUUUCGAGGAGCUGCUGCGCACAAGCGACAUCAUCUCUGUCCAUGUGCCGCUGUCGCCUAAGACAAUACACUUGAUCGGCAAGAAGGAAAUCGACAUGAUGAAAGAUAACGCCAUAAUAAUCAACACGGCUCGAGGGCCCGUUAUAGACGAAAGUGCCCUGGUCGGAGGCCUUGAAAGUGGCAAAAUCUGGAGCGCUGGGCUGGAUGUCUUUGAGCGAGAACCUAACAUCCACCCGGAGCUGAUGACUAAUGAAAACGUUAUCUUGCUACCCCAUAUUGGGACAGCGACAGUUGACACUCGGAAACGCAUGGAGGCUACAAUGCUGGAGAACGUGAGAAACAGUCUUAUCCACAAGCAGCUUCUCACCCCUAUCCCAGAACUUGAGCAAACUGGCCGCUGA